GCCAGACUCCAUUCUGCAUACAAACAUCUGCACAAGGUUCAGUCAUGCAGUAUUUCACAGCCUGUCUACCAUAAAUCAAGACCUCUCACAUUUAAGCUGGUAUGCAAACCAUUGUGUUGCUGGUGUUGUGGGUACUGGGGACAUCACUGGUGUUGCCAGACCCCGACACAGCAGGGGAGAAAUCGACUGAAGAGCCUAUUCCAUGCUCUAAGGCAUGCACCUGUUUGCAUGAUGACUACAGCUUGGAGCUCAACAUGUACUGCAGUGCUCGGAACUUCACUCAAGUCCCAUCUGACAUGCCCCCGUCUGCUCAUUCUCUCUGGCUGGAUGGCAACUUGUUCACCUCAAUCCCAGCAAUGGCUUUUAAGGAUCUUACUAACUUGGACUUCCUGAAUCUGCAGAGUGGUCAGCUGGUGACACUUGACCCUCAGGCUUUUAAAGGACUUAGGAUGCUUGCACACAUUCACCUUGAGCGAAAUCGCCUGCGGGUGUUACCAGGUACAGUCUUUCAGAAUACACCUAACCUUGCCUCACUUAGUCUGCAUAACAACCAGCUUGUUCGCAUUGAGGAAAGACUGUUUGCGGGACUCUCACACAUGUGGCUUCUCAACCUAGGGAGGAACUCAAUCGCAGUUUUACCUGAGACAGCUUUCCAUGACCUGCAAGGUCUACGAGAGCUUGUUCUUGCAGGGAACAGACUUGCCUACUUACAGCCACAGCUUUUCCAAAAUCUUGUUGAGCUCAAAGAGUUGGAUCUGACUGGAAAUCAACUCAAGGUCAUCAAAGCAAAUGUGUUUGUUAAACUCACUAAACUGCAAAAGCUUUACCUGGCACAGAAUCAGAUUGUGACAGUGGUACCCAGAGCCUUUGGAGGCAUGAAGUCGCUAAGAUGGCUGGAUCUCACUAAUAACAGACUGACUUCCCUCUUUGAUGACACAUUCUAUGGCCUGCACAGUCUUCAUGUGCUGCGUCUUUCCAACAACUCACUCACUGGAAUUAAGCCCAGGACUUUCCGUGAUCUGCCAUACUUAGAGGAGCUCCGACUCAGCUACAACAAGAUUCGAGCCCUGGGAGAAAGGAUCUUUGAAGGGCUUGGUCAUCUGGAGGUCCUAGAACUAGAGCACAACCAAGUGCAGGAGGCACAAGUGGGUAGUUUCACAGGGCUUUCUCAUGUGGCGGUCAUCAACUUGUCUGGAAGCUGCUUCCACAGUCUGCCUGACCAAGUGUUCAAAGGUCUGCCAAAGCUACACAGCCUUCAUCUGGAUAGAGGUUGCCUUACAAGGAUCACAGCCCAAGCUUUUAAUGGACUCUCUAGUCUACGCAGGCUUUUCUUGCAGCACAACAACAUCUCUGUGGUGGAACGCCAGAGCUUUGUCGACCUGGUAGGCCUACUGGGACUGGAUUUGAGUUUCAACAAGUUGGAGGUUCUCACAACCCAUACAUUCUCUGGCCUCAAGAAUUUGGAGUACUUGCUGUUGUCCAACAAUGAAUGUCGACAAUUUCUGCAGAAUGGCACAGCGCAGCUGCUCCCUAGGCUGCGCUAUCUCGACCUGAGAGCAAAUGCCUUGACAAACAUGGUCCCUGAUUUCCCAGAGACUAUGGAAAAACUUUUGCUCUCUGGGAACCGAUGGAAAUGUGACUGCAGUGCUCUCCCACUCAGAAACUACAGCUUGAGGAAUCUGUUGGUGAUACCACGGCAAGUGGAGACCCACGCGGAGGGUGAAGAGCCUGACACAACUAUCACCAUAUACAACAACAUUACAUGCACCAGCCCACCACGUCUAGCUGGUCAGGACCUGCGGGAUAUUGACAAUGAACACUUCCAAAGCUGUUCAUAAAAAAGGCGUGUUUAGCAGGUCGGUUGGUGAUGUUUAAAUGUACAUUCAUUCAUCAUCUGAUUUCAAGAUUUUAAUUGUGAUCGAUAAUUGGAGGUUUCUGUUUUCUCUCGCGGAUAAAUUGUUGUCAUCUGUAGCCAUAACAUAGAAUGUUUUAAAAAAUAUUUGAGGGAUGCUAUGAUUUUCAUCAUCUUCAUCUCUAAAAAGGCUCUAAACUACAGAUGAUACAUUGUCACCUAUCUGCAAAAAAGGGGGCAUUUGACAGAAUCCACAACAAAUGCUUUUCAAUAAUUAAGUUUAUCUUGACAUUAGAGGGCAACGUGUACGGCACAGACCUGCAUUUAACCACUCUGGGAUUUUUUACCAGAUGAGGUUGCUUGAUAUGGAGGCCAGGAGAUUAAAAAAAGAAAAAGAAAAAAAAAAAAGAAAAAAAAAAACUUGAAAUGUGAUGCAUUCAAAUUCACUAAUACAUUUUUAAAAAAUGUUGAUAUAUUUUAAAGUUUAUUGUUUGUCUAUAAAAAACCUGGACUUCCUUGCAUGACAAAUUUCUUUCUUUGACAGAACUUUCAUUGCUGUGCUUGUGAGCAUUUUGAGGCAAUAAAAAUGAGAAUAGAGGACAUAAAUUGUACUUCUGGGACCCCAUAAACUAAAGGCAAAAAUAAACAACAAUAAAAACAGAUAAUUAAAAAACUGAAAUGGUAUCAUUUUUGAGUUUAAGCUAUUAAGCUGUGAGUCACAAUUGAGUUAAUCUUUUAUGUGGCUGGGCUGGUUGAACAAAUGGUUGGCAAAAACGACAGGCAGGAUUGGAUAUCUGUACUGCUCAGACACUGAAAUGUCUUCAAGUGUGUUGUACAUGUGUGUAUCAUUUGGUGUAUCAAAAAGCCAUGUUUGUUACUUGAAAAAGAAAAUACUGUACACACAUACAGUGCAAUAAAUCUUUUAAAAUCUC